GUUUGUAUAUUCUUAUCCCAAAUCUUAGACAACAUUUUUAACGGUUUUUUUAUGAAAUUGAUUAAUAAAGCAUAGUGGUUCUUGACAUUCAAUUGAAUUACAAAGGAGAGUAAACUAAUAUAGAAGAAAACGAACUUAAAGUAAACCGUUAGUAGGCAGAAAAGAUUAUGCUAAAUAGUAUUAAGAUGGUCUCUAAGAAUUGAACGAAUGCGAUCACUGAAAGUUAAAAAAAAACAAACGGAUUAGCAUUCAUAAUAUUUGUAUCCUAUGUACAUCCCAUUCAAUGGACCUGAAAUGAUCUUUAUGAUUUUAUGCUCGAUUGUUAAGUUACAUCUUUACCACAACUUUUGUCAAGUGUAAGAUCUAAAACGUUGCACUUUUUAUUCAAGAGAAUUCAUCCGUAAAGGAUAGAAUAAACUCCUCUUUUUCAUAUUCUAAGUAUUCAAUUCAGGUGUCUGACAUACAUCCUCCUCUUCAUGUAUAAAGCCAAUGGUUGUUGACUUUAUUCGUAAAAAUGCGGUCCACCCUCGUCGGAUCCAAAGCAAGUUCCUUUUGAAUAAUGUUGGACUGUUUCAAGCGGUUUCUUGCUCCAAGCUAUCGGUCUUGGCGAAGUUGACUCCUACAAAUCAAGCUUCGUUCGUAACCCAAACUUUCCCUGCGUCAGCUAACUUGAGAAAUAUCACCCAGCCAAAAAGAGGUUUCACUUCCUCUUUCCGAAGUUUUUAUCAGAAAUAUCCUUCUCUUGCUCCGUACCAUGUUUAUCCCCCGCGUAUUUUCCCAGCAAGUGUUCGACGCAACUCCUCGCUUUCGUCUGAUUCCAAAACUUCGACCGAUCUUCAUGUUGCUGCAAACAAAAAUUUUGGUUCACGUCCUCAUAACCAAUCCCCAAAUUCAGGUACCUCGUCCCAUGAAUCGCUUUUGAAAACACAGCAAAAAAGCUCUGAUUCAUCCUCAGCCGAAUCUGAUCACAAACCCUCUCAGGAACCUCGAAAAGUAACCUUCUGGAGCAUUCUUGUCCUUGCCAAAGGUCAAGGGAAAAACUUUUUCAUAGCUGCAGCGCUUCUGUUAAUCUCCUCCUCUAUAUCCAUGUCAAUUCCAUAUGCCGUAGGCAAGAUUUUGGAUGCAGGAUCCAGCAGCGCUGAAAGUGGAUUUACAGAAAUCAUGGGGAUACCUUCUAGUAAAUUUUAUAUGGGAUUGCUUGGGUUGUUUUUGAUAGGUUCCAUUUGCAAUUUUGGUAGAAUCUUCACACUUCGACUCUUAAGUGAAAACAUUAUUUCUCGUCUCCGUUCCCGGCUGUUUGCUAAAUGUCUCAGUUUAGACGGACGUUUCUUUGAUUCUCACUUACACGGAGACAUCAUUUCUCGCUUGACCACUGACAGCAGCAUUGUUGGAAAGUCUCUUUCCACAUAUCUUAGUGAUGGAUUAAGAAGUACCGUAAGCGCCGUCACUGGUAUUGCUAUGAUGUUGUAUACUUCUUUAACUCUUACCGGUUAUAUGUCACUGAUUGUUCCUCCCAUAGCGUUAGGUGCUUUCUUUUACGGAGAAUAUGUUAGAAAACUAUCUCGGAAGACACAGGAUGCUUUAGGUGAUCUGACACGAGUCUCAGAGGAAAGACUUGCCAAUGUCCGUACUACUCAAGCAUUCUUGGGAGAACGUCAGGAGGUGCAUCGUUAUAAUAAUUACAUUCGUAAUCUCUUCAAUCUUGCCAAGAAAGAGGCCUUGGCCGGUGGCUUCUUUUUCGGUUCUACAGGAUUUUGCGGGAACGCAACCGUUAUUGCUAUACUUGCAUUGGGUGGUAAGAUGGUUGCUGCUGGUGACAUUACAGUUGGUCAAUUAAGCUCCUUCUUACUAUAUACUGUAUACGCGGGAGGAAGUAUAAUAGGUCUUUCCGGUUGUUUUACAGACAUAAUGAAAGGUCUUGGCGCAGCUGGUCGAUUGUUCGAUUUAUUGGACAGUGUCCCUAAAGUCGUACCUUCCACUGGAUUACCAGUACCAAGUACCAUUCGAAAAUCAGUACUGACUUUUGAUAAAGUUGGUUUUGCUUAUCCUACGAGACCAAAAUCUGCUAUCUUCAAGGAUCUUUCCUUUGAAAUACAACCUGGUAUGAAUAUAGCCAUUGUAGCAGCUAGUGGUGGUGGAAAAUCAACCGUAUCUCAGCUUCUUUUGCGAUUUUAUGAUCCUAUUUCUGGAAAAAUUCUUGCUAAUGGAACUGAUAUCUCUACUUUUAACGUUCAACAGUGGCGCCGUAAUUUUGGUGUCGUGGGUCAAGAACCGGUUCUUUUUACUGGUACAAUCAGGGAUAACAUAGCUUACGGUAAUCCAGAUGCAACUCAAGAGGAAAUAGAAGCUGCUGCCAUGCGUGCUGAUUGUGGGUUUAUAUAUACUUUCCCAGAUACCUGGGAUACCCAAGUUGGUACUCGUGGACUGCAACUCAGUGGAGGACAAAAACAACGAAUUGCAAUAGCUAGAGCUCUCCUUCGUACACCAGCUUUCCUAAUAUUAGACGAAGCCACUUCUGCUUUGGACGGCGAAGCAGAAGUAAUGGUAAAUCGUACUAUUCAAGCAUUGAUGCAAAAUCGAAAUAUGACUACAAUAACUAUUGCUCACAAGCUAGCUACCAUACGAAGCGCUGAUUUAAUUCUAGUCGUUGGUGAUGGUAGAAUCAUUGAACAAGGGAAAUUCGAAGAACUCUCUCGGCCGGGAAGUUAUUUUUAUAGACUCAUAAAAUGGCAGCUAGGCAAGAUGGAUGAUGUUCCUUCCCAGUAAAGGAAGAAUUAAUGUUUUGUAAGAUUUACUUCAGUCUCCAGUUCUUAUUUGAGAGUGAAAGAAUGUAUCAUUGCAAGCAGAAUUAAUAAAAAGGCUGGCAGCCCAACAACGACGUCCUUGAUUGUCGUUACUUUUUUGUUUUUAUGUAUAAUGGAUGUUUUAGAUGAAUUUAUUGGUUAUAAAAAUAAGCAGAAGCAGUUGAAGGUAUGAUCAAUCGUUAAGACAUUGGGUAGGCUUCGUAAGUACCCUUAAUUUACCAUUGAUUUAUCCUUCGGAGAAAACGAAUCAGAAUAUAAUAAAACAAGAUUUUAGACUUGCACGAAUUUUUUCUUUUAUGAACAAAUAAAU